GAUUCCAAUGUGGAAAUAUGUCCAUUAUAUGCAGGUUUACCAUCUGCUUUACAAAUGAAUGCAUUACGACCCAUCCAGGAUGAUGUACGGAAAAUCGUUUUGGCCACAAAUAUCGCUGAGACAUCUAUUACAAUACCUGGUGUGAAGUAUGUCAUUGACACUGGCUUUGUUAAGGCUAAAGGUAUCAGUAUAUUUUAAUCUAUGAAUUCUUUUAUUAUUUUAUUUUACUUUCAUUUGUCUAAAGUUAGAUGGUUUUACUUAUUAAGAGGGAAGGUACAACCCACGUCCUGUGUAGGGGAAGUACAACCCACUUCUCUUGUAGGGGAAGUGCAACCCAUCAUAGGCGUAUGGCAAAAUUUUUACGGUCAGGCAGAAAUUCAUGCGUGAUUCGGCCAAAACAUAAAAAUUUUUGAAAAAUUAUGUUAUACCCAGAAAAAUAUUUGUAUGUGUGCGAAAAUUACGAUAUAUAGGGGGAAAUUUUUUUGCUAUUUCGGGAAAAUUUUUUGUAUGUUUGCCAAAAAAUACAGGAUAUUAGGGAAAAUUUUUUGGUAUGUCCGGAAAAAUUUUGGUAUGUUAAUGUUUGCAAAAAUUAGGUAUGUUACGGAACAUUUUUUGAACGGUCCGGGAAACAUUUUUUGGUGCACCCCCACCCCGCUCGCCAAAAAUUUGGGGAGAAAUAUUAAUUAGCAACGGUCGGGCAAACUGAUACACCAAACAAGAUUAGGCCCGUACGCCCAUGCAACCCAUGGUAGAGAAGGUACUGUCCAUGUUAUUCCACUCUGUAAAACACAAAAUGAUUUUGAGGGAAUUUGCCUUCUAAUCCCCUCCCCCCUUGCCAAGUGUCCACAACUAACAAUAAAAUUGUAUAGGUACACUGUAUAAUUGGAAAAAUUUCAUUUUGUUUUGCAAUUAUGUGUGAGUAUUUUGUUUGUUUGUUAGAGUACAACCCUAACACUGGUCUAGAUGUUCUGAAAGUCCAACCAGUGUCAAUGGCUCAGGCUCGGCAGCGGCUUGGGCGAGCAGGUCGGCAGUGCCCAGGCCAGUGUUACCGACUCUACACAGAAGAACAGUUUUACAGCCUGCAAAGUACUACCACACCUGAAAUUCAGAGAUGUAAUUUAUCCAGCGUUGUUUUACAACUCAUGGCACUCGGUGUAAAAGACGUCACAAGUUUUGACUUUAUGGAUGCACCAUUAGCGCAAGCAAUUCAGAAUGCGGUUGAUCAGCUGACGUUGUUGGGGGCACUUGACCAGGAGAAUGGGAAGGUACUGUGGCAAAUUAAUGCAAUUACACUGUAUAUAAUUCACGACCGCAAAACACGGAACAAAAUUUUCAAGACAUGUGCAGGACAAUUUUCAACCAAUUUUCAAGACAUGUGCAGGACAGAGAACCUUCAACUAUCGAGCAACAAAAUUAUGGAACGAUCUAGACAGCAAUCUCAAAAACAUUACUUGUUGCAAUAUUUUUAAUUAAACGGCUCUGCAGAGGAGAGUGUCUUUAGACACAGAUGGUUUAUCCAUCAAGAGGAACUGAUCAGACGAAAGACGCACAUAGCUUAUCUCGACAGAUUGUCCUUCUGUUUUUCAUAAUGUGAAUCCUUUCAUUUAAUUAAUAGCGAUUGCGCAUAGAAGGUUUUGAAUUCAGAUCAACUAGUUAGAAUGGCUAAUGGACGACUUGCGCUUUGGACUAAAUUUUAAUCUAAGUAAGAACAACGAAAUCUAUCACCACAGCUAGAAAGAGCGUCUUGGAAUUAGUAAUUUCACAAAGUUUGGUUGCGAAAUGUUGUAAAAUACGGAAAAUAUGGCCCUUCAAAGUUGGCAAAUUUGUAUACUUUUGUAUUACGUGCGUGAAUUGGUAACUAAAUUAGUUACCAAUUCCCGCACGUAAUAGAAAUGUAUACAAAUUUGCCAACUUCGCAGGGCUAUAUUUUCCGUAUUUUACAACAUUUCGCAACCAAACUUUGCAGUUUUUCUAAUUUUGAUAACUUCUUUCCGAAAAUAUCUUUUGUUAUUCCCAGAUUAAAAUUUUUUCUAAAGCGCAAGUCGUCCAUUAUGGCUGAUACAUCAGUACUUAUGCUUUUCUUGUCUUGAAACUUUCGUUUUUCAAAAUGAUAUUGUUCAUCUUCUAGCUCACCCAACUUGGGCGCAAUAUGGCGAGGUUUCCGUUGGAACCACGGUUUUCAAAAACCCUCUUGAUGUCACGUGAUUUCGACUGCAGUGAAGAUAUGCUCACCAUUAUUGCGCUGUUAUCUGUGGACACGAUUUUCUACACUCCUCCCAACCGCCGAGAUACUUGUAAUGCAGUACUACAGAAAUAUCGCUCAGCGGAGGGCGACCAUAUCACACUGCUUAACAUAUAUCGCGCUUUCAAAUCAGUGCGAGGCAAGUAGAAAGUUUAUUGUUGUACGUACUUCAUGUAAACAGGCCCUUUGCAAGUCAAAACAAUCAGUGACUAGAUGGCAUGAAGACUGACCGUGUGAUUUUCAAAGCAAUGAAAAGAUACAUAUGGGACAUUUUGAUCACUCGAUCGUGACUGGAUGGUAUGGAGAACAGUUGGAUUUUCAAAACAAUGAAAAGACAAUGGAACAUUCUGAUCACUGGAUCAUGAGUGGAUGGCAUGGAGAACAGUUGGAUUUUCAAAACAAUGAAAAGACAAUGGAACAUUCUGAUCACUGGAACGUGACUGGAUGGCAUGGAGAACAGUGGGAUUUUCAAAACAAUGAAAAGAUACAAGUGGAACAUUCUGAUCACUGGAUCAUGACUGGAUGGUAUGGAGAACAGUUGGAUUUUCAAAACAAUGAAAAAACAAUGGAACAUUCUGAUCACUGGAACGUGACUGGAUGGUAUGGAGAACAGUUGGAUUUUCAAAACAAUGAAAAGACAAUGGAACAUUCCGAUCACUGGAUCAUGACUGGAUGGCAUAUGUUAUGCAAAGAGAUUUGAAGCCCAUUUCCACUCGGGAAAAUUUUCCGCAGAAAGAAAAUUUUGUAAAACGCGAUUUUCCGUCAGAAAACAAUUAUGAAGUUGAAAAUUUUCAACUUUUGACAAUGAUGUUUUAGGAAAAUUUUCUGUCCGUGGAAAUUUUUAUCGGUUUAUUAGCGGUUACUUUUAGAGAAAAUCUAUAUAUGAGAUUUUCGUCAGGACUUAUUAGGAAACUGUUGAUAUUGGAGAGGCGUCUUUAAAGGGAUGUUCAACUAUAUUUAUUUAUUUGUUUAUGUAGGCAACAAGAGUUGGUGUGAGAGCAACUUCAUCAACGGCAAAGCAAUGAAAACAGUUUUAGACAUCAGAAUUCAACUUCGUGAACUUUGUACUAAACUGGAAAUUCCUCUCCAGUCGUGUGGAAAGGAUACCAGUAAAAUACGACACUGUUUAACUACGGGAUUCUUUGUGAAUGCAGCCGAAUUGCAGUUGGACGGAACGUACAAGUGUCUGGGACAAAAAAUGACGGCGAGUAUUCAUCCAUCCUCGUCGUUGUUCAAAGCUAAACCAGCCUAUGUUGUGUUUACGGAACUUGUUCAUACCUCGAAAUGUUAUAUGAGGCAUGUCGCUGUCGUUGAUCCAGAAUGGCUUGUCUCUACAGCGUCAGCAUACUUCAGAAAACUGAAUUUUCACAGCGGUCAGUUUCAUUCUGUGGCGUCCUGAUGAAUUUACACAUGCGACAGCGGAGCUAUGGACCGUCUCAGCGUAACUCUGGGCGUACCUCGAAUGGUAGAAGACUAAGCUUGGGACUCGCACAUCGUAACGACGUUUUCAUAGGCAAUUGAAUCUUGAAGUCGUUGGAGCACAAAGCUGAUUCUCAUGUGCCGGGUUUGUAUGUUUUUAACAAAAGACGGAUCGUCCUUCAACUGGAAGAAGGCAUAAACGUCCUUCACUAGAGCCUAGACCUCCACACCUUGGCAGGUUUGGUCUUACCAAAUGAUAGCCAAACCUGCCAAAGCCAACCGAGGACCUGGGUUUAGGCUGCCUUCUACUAUUUUAGCCUGACGGUGAUGAGUCAUCAUCUUCUACUCACGACAUGUAUACAUCAACUGUUUCCAACAUUCUCUACUCGUUGUGUUCUCAAUAUUUGUGCACGUGAAAGGUUAGGCCAUGCAAGAGAAAUCCUGGUUCAUCAUCAGCAUCCGUUUUUAGCUGUCUUUCAUUAAAAAAAAAAACACGCCACAAACCAUAGAAAUAAUAGAUAUCUACUAUUUCUAUGCCACAAAUCCACCUUUCCUUGACACUCGAACGGUACAGUUAAACCCAACCAGUAACUUUAUUUUUUCAAAAACUUUAGCAAUUGAUUGUUAUUCCAUACUCUUCUGAUUUUCCACAAGCACGUUUGUGAUAAAAUAUUCCAUAUAUACGAUUGCGCCACGUGAUUGGAACACGUUCUUCCGCAGUGGAUCUACUAAAUGUGAUUCGUGAUCCACCUGCGCACAAGCGCGUACGGAUUUUGUUACAUUGUUACACUGCUAGCAUGCGAGCAGGCUCUCUUAGUUGCACCGCGGACUGAUGGUAAACCGGGAGAUUUUUUCCACGGCCGUAGAGGGUAUUUGUUGUCCUAAUCUCCAAUUCCCUAGACACUUAUAAGCUCAUCAUUUCUAGAAGAAGCCUCGAAUUUCCUUCAACAGUUCCAAUUUCCAGUCUGAGCCUGUGCGUAUUGCAAUGAAAUGUCUCAAUAUUUUAUGGACUUACAACAAUGGAAUUGCAACAUGACUGUUAGCUUCAAGAACUUCUCAACAUUUUCAAGAACUGUGGGAAAAAUACAUGAAGUUUUACCCAAAUACAGUCAUGAUACUGCAAAUGUAUGGAAGUUCACAUACACAAUACAGUAUAUAUGACCAUCGUGGGUAUUUGUGUAUAUGUUUUUACAAGUGGUUACUAUUUUUGAUUGAGAGGGAAAAUUUUUCACGUUUUGUUGCUAAGCGCCAGAGGAAAGAAUUGAACGGAGUACUUUACGCAGUCUCGAGAUAUUAAUAACGCUGGCUGUACUUUUUGUCCGCGAAAUUGCCAAAUUUAGCGUAAUGUUAAUACGACAGGAGACUAAAUUAUAAAUAAACGAAACCAAUUCUUUUUGCCACCAAAUACAAGACUUCUACGGCUAUGUUUCCACUAUACCAGAUAGCUUUCCGUAGCGGCGCGAAAAAACACCUGUCAGAUACGGAAUGUACAACUUUCAGAAGCUGAGCGAAA